AUGGCGCCAAAAUCGCUAGCAGAGCAGAUCGCUGAUCUAGAAGACCUUACACCAAGGGACUAUGACCCCGAGGACAUUGAGCGCGGUGGUAACUCCAGCGAUGAGGACGUCGAGGUGAAGGAUGCGAAUGCCGGUAGGGAGCACUAUCAGGCUGUUGGGAAAGCAAAACUUCGCAAUGAGGGACCUGUGUCAUUGGGGAAACAGUACGCUGGAUCGCGGGUUAGUAGGGAUGCGCUAGAGGCCGAGAGCGAUGAAGAUCCGUUCAGGGCACGGUCUAGUGACGAGGAGUCUGAGGACGAGAGUGAUCUCGAAGAUGAGGAUGAAGAUGGUGAUGAGGACGAGGACGAGGAUAUUUCUGAAGGAAGCGAAGAUGAGCGGCCUAGUAAAUCAAAGGCUCACAGCUUGAAAGGCCGCGAGGAUGCCGAUGUGGGUAUGGACUCGGAUGACAGCGAAGAAGAUGAGGAUGGGGAGGGUUUCGACGACGGGUUCUCCGACGAAGACGAGGAUAUUUCGGGCGAGGAUGACAGCGAAGACGAUGAAGAUGCUAAAGAAGAAGAAGAAGAAGAAGAAGAAGAAGAAGAAGAAGAAGAAGAUGACGAGUCUGAAGAUGAAGAAGAAAAGACCGCGAAGCCCAAACGCCGCGUCCAGUUUGCGAACGCCAAGGUCGCAGACACAUCAGACGACCGCGCCCAACUUCGUCAACUAUUGGCGACAGACCAAAAAACUAUCGCAGCAACCAUCUCUCAAGCUGCAAAGGCCGACGCAACAAAAGGUCGUGCCGUUAAACACCAACGUGCAACAUUCGAUGCCCUCCUCAACGCCCGGAUCAAGCUCCAAAAAGGUCUCACGGCAGCUAACCAGCUAGCCACGCGAACCCAACCCUCUGAAGACGCCGACACCGACGCCUUCAAGUCGGCCGAAACAGCUGCGCUUACGCUGUGGUCUACACUCGAGGAUCUCCGUCUCACUCUCGUCGAUGCGCAAACACAAGAUGACUCUAAGAAGCGCAAGCGCCCUUCUCCUGCGACAACCAGUACAUCUACAUCCUCUCUCUGGAAGCGCAUGGCGGAGCUAGAAUCCGACUCGCUUGCGCACCGCCGCGCCAUCCUUGAUAAAUGGUCGCUCAAAGUCCGCGGGUCAGCGACUGCAACCACGCUCGCAAACUCAAAGACGAAAUUACUAGGCACUUCAGGUGCACAGCAAACCAUCACCGCUGUGCUAGAUGCACACGUUGCAUCUGAAACCACUGACCGCUCAUCGAAGCGCCUGAAGAGCACACAAGGAUCUACAUCCGACCCAAACGAGGUUAAAGUUUACGAUGACACGAUCUUCUACCAAUCCCUCCUCCGAGACCUCGUCUCCCAGCGCAUGUCCUCCACCGACGCGAUAACCAACGGGCUUGACACCCUUCACAUUUUGCCGUCACGCAAUGGUGCGGGCGCAAUCCACCCCAUUACUGGUAUGCGAAAGGACAAAGUGAAGCGCGAGGUGGACACGCGGGCCUCGAAGGGCCGAAAAAUGCGCUUUGAUGUCCAUGAGAAAUUGCAGAACUUCAUGGCGCCUGAGGAGAGGGGUACUUGGACGAAGAGGGCGCGUGAGGAAUUCUUUGCAAGUCUGCUCGGGAGGAGUGCGAGUGGAAUAUUACGAGAGGACGAUGUUAGUGAUGAUGAGGAUGGAGAGAAGAGUGACGAGGAUGUUGAGGAGGGCGGCCUAAGGCUAUUCAGGAGCUGAAUGGGAUAGAAACGACGGAGUUUUUUGAUAGGAUUCUACAGGAUCUGUACAUAUUCAUUUGUGAAAGUCAACUGAAAGCGACAACUUGUUCAUGAGGAGUUUCCAGUUCGCUCCCACUCAUGAGGCCAAGCAUAGAAAGUCAAUAUCUGGCAAA